AUGGCGAAACGGAAGACAAAGAAGGUUCAGUUGAGCCGGGCACAAUUAAUGCAAAAGCGUCGUGGCAAACUCGACAAAGAAUUCUUGUGCUAUUACUGCCAGCAUGAGAAAUCUGUUGCGAUAAAGAUCGAUAACCAGUCCGGUGUCGGCUUCUUAAGUUGCCGGAUCUGCGGCGUCAAGUUUUCAACUCGCGUCACGGUGCUAGAUGAGGCCGUGGAUGUGUACGCUCUGUGGAUGGACUCUUGUCGCGAGGGUCAACGUAGCGACACACUUCCACCGAAGAAAAACUCGGUGGACACACCGAGCACACAAGGAACAAUACAAGGUAAAACUGUCGCGACUAAAGCACAGGCGGAGAAUGAAGCGCCCCGCGCCGACAUAAGCACCCCGGCGGCGGACGACGCGACACCGGAGGAUGCAGUUAAGCGCUCAAGAGAAGAAGACAGCACAACCAAGUCGUUUUCAAUCGAUCCGGAGCUGGCAUCGGCUGCAUUUUCGGCCAUAGGUGGUGGGAAACGCAGCAAAAGGAUCAUCGACGCUGUCGAAGAGACACCGGAUGAGACUGAGUAUGCAGUGGGCACACUUACAGGCGAUAACCUGUUUGAAGAUGAUUAG